AUGCGUCAGACUAUUCUUGCUUGUCUCGUUUCCACCAUUGGUCGCGUCUAUGCGGCAUCAAUCAGUCUUGCCUCGGUUACAGUGGAUGAUCUUAUAAAUCCCUUGGCUGUAAACACGACAACGCCAACCUUUAGCUGGGCAGUCAACAGUCCUUCGGUCCGGGGGGCCAGUUUUGCGGGUGUCCAAGUACAGGUUCUGUCUGGUUCUACCACAAUAUGGGACUCGGGCAACGUCACGACGACGGACACUAGGCUUGCCUACUCGGGGUCUGCCCUGUCAGCGCGGAGUGACUACACCUUCAGUCUUCGCCUGUCAGACACUGCUGGGUCCUGGACAGAUUGGUCAUCUGGCACGUUCGGCACUGGUUUCUUCUCCGAAACGGACUGGGCAUCCGCGCAAUGGAUCGGCGCUGCAAACUCGACGGUGGACGAGCCAAUCCUGCGCACAAACUUUACCAUUGCCAAGGAAAUAUCAACAGCCAAGUUGUUCAUCGCGGGCAUAGGAAACUAUGAGGCUUACAUCAAUGGCGAUCGAGUUGGCGACUACUAUCUUGCUCCGGGGUUCACGACGUACUCUACACGGUACUUGUACGAUACCCAUGACGUGACGAGCCAGUUGAGCGUAGGUGACAACGCCAUUGGCAUCGCCGUCGGCCAAGCAUGGUUCCCAUUGUACAAGGACGGUCCAGCAGCCGACCGUGGUGCUUGGGACGGAAAUAUGCGAGCCAAAGCGCAAAUCCUGAUAACUUUCUCCGAUGGGACGCAACAAAUUGUUGUGACGGACGACUCGUGGAAAGGCAAAGUUGGUGGUUCGACGUCUGGGGCGGAUACCCCCGACAACGAGUCUUUUGACGAGAGAGCAGAACCACCAACUUGGGAGUGGUCGAGUGCAUCGUUCGACGCGUCCGCUUGGCCCAGCGCAAUAGUACAGACUCCACCAGCAACAGUUGCUCAGUCGACACCCAUGGAGCCUGUCCGCAUCAUGGAGACAAUUUCUGCCGUGGCCAUCACGAACCCAGCAUCUGGUGUUUGGGUGUAUGAUUUUGGUCGCAACAUUGCCGGGUUUGCUGCCAUCACGCUCAAUGAAGCGGCCGACACGCAAGUGAGCCUACAUUAUGCAGAAAAGCUAUCGUCGAGUGGGCGCGUUGUCAAUGAGGGCGGUCGCUACCAGUAUAACACGUAUACCUUGGCCGGAAAUGGCUCCCGAACUUUUACCCCUCGCUCUUCGUAUUACGGCUUUCGCUACAUUGAGCUCACUGGCAUCGCUGGUACGCCCAAUGCCGGAACGGUGGUGGCCCAGCGCCUUCAUAGUGAUGUUCGGGGUAUUGGUUGGUUUAGCACGUCCGACACUUUGCUUCAGUGGAUCCAUGAUACCACUUGGCAAACCAUGUUGAAUAACCUUGAGGGGGUGCCCACGGAUGGCGCCUAUGUAGAAAAGCUACCGUGGACAGCUGACGCUGCCAUCAUGUCAGAGACGGCUUUCAGCUCUCUGAAUCUCAAGGUUUUAUAUACAAAAUUUGCGCAAGACAUUACUGACGCAGGACUUUUGAGCGGCAAUAUUGCGCCAUGGGCUCCAUCACCCCCAGAGAUGGAUGACUAUCCUAGCGCAGCCUGGGGGAACUCAUAUCCCGAGGUCGUGUGGCAGCUAUAUCAGCACUUUGGUGACGCCAGCGUUCUCUCCAGGUUCUACUCUCGUAUUAAGACAUAUGUUGACUACGAGCUCAACACCCGAGGAAGUGCUGGCCUGGUAGGGACCGAAUCAUGGGGAGACUGGGUAACGCCAUCCGUCAACGACAAGACUCUUGUCGGAACAGCUUUUCUGUACAGGAGCAUUGCCCGCUUGGUCGACAUUGCGCUCACGCUAGGCUAUGCCGACGACGCUAUCACAUACAAUAGCUACGCUUCGGCAGUCAAUGCAUCCUUCCACUCAGCUUUCUAUCAGACCGGGACUCAAGAUUAUCGCAACGACGCGACUGAGGAUUUUGUACAAACCAACAACCUACUUCCAGUUGCGUUCAAUAUGACCAACCCAGCCAACCACCAGGCAAUUGUGGACAAGGUCGCCGCAGAUGUGGUUUCCAACAACAAUCACUUGAACACUGGCCUGCACGGCACGAAAUGGAUUCUGCCAGUUCUGACUCAGUUUGGCUACAAGGACCUCGCCUACCUGGUUGCGACACAGACGACGUACCCGAGCUGGGGCUACUGGCAGACCUUGGGCGCGACCACCCUUUGGGAAGAUUGGACCUCCACCGCCCGAUCCAACGAUCACCCUUUCCUUGGCACCGUCGUGGACUGGUUCUAUCAAUACCUCGCCGGCAUCAAGAUUACGGGAGCCGGCUACAGUGCCAUCAGCAUUGUGCCCUAUGUGCCCGAAGGAUUGACUAGCGCCCAGGCUAGCGUUCAGACAGCUCGAGGCAAGGUAGAGAGCUCGUGGACCAACAGCACCAGUCAGUUCUCGCUCUCCCUCACCGUUCCUGCUGGAUCGGUUGCGCGAAUGAGCUUGCCUGUCUCGAGCGGGCAGAGUGUGUACGAGGGAGGAAUUUCGGCCGCUUCGGCUUCUGGUGUUACUGCGCAAGGGUCUGCUGAUGGACGGGCUUUAUUCGAUGUUGUGUCUGGAACCUAUAGUUUUACUGUAGAGUAA